AUGGCGGAUAGAUUUGAGCGAGCGUUCAGGUUGCAGCAGGAACUGAAUCGCAGGGGCGUUUCGAUGCCUCGCCUCCUGAAUGCAAACAACUCACCCGCCAUCUCGUCCGCGCCGAACGCUGCCGAGAACCGCCCAACCCCCUCCCCGCAGCCGCAGCAUCGACAGACAGUCCCCCCGGCGACGCGCACCGUCGACCAAACGGCCCGGGGCCGCGACGAAGUGGCUUCAUCUUGGUCGUUUCCCGCUUUCUCCGAGAUCCGGCGCCGCGUGAGCGACGGUUGGAGUUGGACAGCCGAGACGGUAGCAUCGAACUUGUGUGAAGUCUGGCACGUUGCCGGAUUGAUGGGGGGAUGCGUUCGCGUCGUCUGGAUCUACGUGCAUGGAGUCAGCAGUCCUGUUCUGUGCUUUAUUUGGCGACCGAUCAAGUGGGCUCUCAUCAUCGUCGUCAUCGUCCUCGUUGUGUUGGCCGCCUUGUUCGGAAUCGCAGUCCAUCUCUGGGACGCAUCCAACCUAGCAAUCCCAUUAUCCUUCGUCCUGUCUCUAGGGCAGGGCAUCACAAGAACCAUCACUUCCUGGGCCGUCUGGACCACGAGCAAAAUCCAUGCCAAACCCCUCGGCACGAACACCGUCCUCACCAUGACCGCAUCGGUCUCGCCAGCACCGGCCUUCACCCCGGCUCUGCCCGUGGUGUUCAUCCCCAAGGGUCUCGCGCCCGAAUUCAGAGACUUCGAAAACUGCAUGGACUACCUCAGCAAGAUCCCCAUCGGAGCGGUACAGCCGAGGAACGUGCCCAAGAGCGUGAGCAUAGUUUGGGACGUGCUGGCGGGCGGCGGUGACAACGUCGGAUCCCGGAACGAGGGGAGUCUCACCGGUCCGAUGGCCUGGAGUUCCAUCUGGGACCAGAUCCACCCGUCGCUCAACACGAUACGAGUUCACAACGUACUCGUCACAGCGAACGAGACGCGCCAGUUCGAGACGGAGUCGGCGCAGGCAGCGCGUCUCCUCCAGGACAUGCGCCAGCGACCGGCCGCCGAGGAACCGGCCAGAACCUCGGGGUUCCUGGGCUGGCUGCGCGCGCUGUUCGGUCCCGAUGGCGUCGAGGAGGCCAGGAAGCAGCUUGUCAAUGUGCGGCUGAGCGAAGUCGGCAAGAUGGUCGAGAAGUCCCGGAAUUCGAGGCAGUGGAUGCACGAUACCGUGCGGAACAUCCCGGACACGUCGAUGAAGGAGGUCAAGGAGACUAGAGUCACGUUCUGGACUUCAGUCACGUUCUCGACUUGA